UAAAAACUCGUAUAUAAAGGAGGUACAUCGCAGCUUUUGGUCAGUUCUCGAUCGGUAUUCCAUCCCUGGAUUAAAAUUUACUUGGACAAACAGACACCAUCAACAUACAACAAUGAAGACGGCUGUAUUGUUUCUUGCGUUGAUGCCAUUCGUGUUCUCGGCUCAUGUUGUGCAGGACAGAUUCAUCGAAUCUCUACUCGGCGGAUACGAUAUCCUUGAUUUGGCUAAGCAGCUCCUUGGUCAAUUCGGUACUGACGAAACCGAGGCGCAAUGUGAGGCCACUUUUUGCCCUGAGCUCGUCAACAAAAUUGACGGACACAACACCCUCAUCACAGGCCUGGUGUGUGGUGCUGUCUGCAAAGAGGCUCAAGUUCUUGCACAUACCUUCGUUACAACCCCUGCACCACUGGGUGGGAAAUAGAGAUCCAAAACACCAGCACGGAAACUCGAUUUCAAUGUGAUUAUGAUCUAUCUUAGUCAAUAAAGUUUCAACAAUUGAA